AUGAUUUUAAAAUCUUUUAUACUAGGUAAUCUAGUAUCCUUAUGCAUGAAGAUAAUCAAUUCGGUCGUUGUGGUCGGACUCUAUUAUGGAUUUCUGACCACAUUCUCCAUAGGGCCCUCUUAUCUCUUCCUUCUCCGAGCUCGGGUUAUGGAAGAAGGAACCGAGAAGAAAGUAUCAGCAACAACAGGUUUUAUUACGGGACAGCUCAUGAUGUUCAUAUCGAUCUAUUAUGCGCCUCUGCAUCUAGCAUUGGGUAGACCUCAUACAAUAACUGUCCUAGCUCUACCGUAUCUUUUGUUUUAUUUCUUCUGGAACAAUCACAAACACUUUUUUGAUUAUGGAUCUACUACCAGAAACUCAAUGCGUAAUCUUAGCAUUCAAUGUGUAUUCCUGAAUCAUCUCAUUUUUCAAUUAUUCAACCAUUUCAUUUUACCAAGUUCAAUGUUAGUCAGAUUAGUCAACAUUUCUAUGUUUCGAUGCAACAACAAGAUGUUAUUUGUAACAAGUAGUUUUGUUGGUUGGUUAAUUGGUCACAUUUUAUUCAUGAAAUGGGUUGGAUUGAUAUUAGUCUGGAUACAGCAAAAUAAUUCUAUUAGAUCUAAUGUACUUAUUAGAUCUAAUAAGUACAUUAGAUCUAAUAAGUACCUUGUGUCAGAAUUGAGAAAUUCUAUGGCUCAAAUCUUUAGUAUUCUCUUAUUUAUUACCUGUGUCUACUAUUUAGGCAGAAUACCGUCACCCAUUCUUACUAAGAAACUGAAAGAAACCUCAGAAACGGAGAAAAGGGGGGAAAGCGAGGAAGAAACAGAUGUAGAAAUAGAAACCACUUCCGAAACGAAGGGGACUAAACAGGAACAAGAGGGAUCCACCGAAGAAGAUACUUCUCCUUCCCUUUUUUCGGAAGAAAAGGAGGAUCCGGACAAAAUCGAUGAAACGGAAGAGAUCCGAGUGAAUGGAAAGGAAAAAACAAAGGAUGAAUUCCACUUUAAAAGGACACGCUAUCAAAAUAUAAAAAGACCUGUUUAUGAAACUUCUUACCCUCCGGAUGGAAAUAAAGAAAAUUCGAAGUUAGAAAUAGAUAAAAAAGAAAAAUCUCUCUUCUGGUUUGAAAAACCUCUUGUGACUAUCCUUUUCGACUAUAAACGAUGGAAUCGUCCAGUUCGAUAUAUAAAAAAUGAUAAAUUUGAAAAUGCUGUUAGAAAAAAACAAAGUAAAUUAAUAAUAUAA